AUUCAGAAACCAUUCACAACUCAAACAGUUCCGAUCUCGGCGCAAAGUUCUCUCUUCUUAAAAAUUAUCGAAGUGUUUGUUUUCGGAACAGUGUUUAAGACAUUCAAGUUUACAACAAUCGUAAACAGUUUGAAACAAUUCUAAACAGUUUUGAAACAAGUGUUCAAACUUUAAACGGAUUUUUAAGAAAACAGUGUUUUGUUUUCUUUUGUGAAUAAUAACAGAAAUGGCACCACACACGAGUUACACUGCUGUCGGUGGUAUGGAGUACGAGGAGCCAGUGUCGAGGACCUAUCAAUACAGAAAAGUGAUGAAACCAAUGUUGGAGCGUAAACGUAGAGCAAGAAUCAAUCGUUGUUUGGACGAAUUAAAGGAUUUGAUGGUCACAGCACUACAAGCCGAGGGUGAGAAUGUCGCAAAAUUGGAGAAAGCUGAUAUUCUCGAAUUGACAGUGCGACAUCUUCAUACAUUGAGAGCAGCACGUCGUUUGACAUUAACACCAGAGAAUAGUUAUGCAAAUCGUUUUCGUGACGGUUUCACGCAGUGUGCACAAGAGGUGUCAACAUUUUUAUCAACACCCGUUGCUGCCGCUGUUCAUCCUGCUGCUGGUGCACAACUCAUGAGACAUCUUGGCGGUUGUCUUCGACGUUUGGAGGGACCAACUGUCAAGGAUCAUCAACAAGGUACAACAGCAACAACAACAGUUACAGCAUCACCAACAACAAAAAUCAUUGUAAAUAUGCCACAAAUUUACACACCACCACAAAGUCCAAUGAGUGAGAUGAGCCAAUCGGGUGAUUCGGAAUUAUCAUCAUCAUCUGUUUGGCGACCAUGGUGAAGAGGAAUUUUCUCCAGUUUGCAAUAGGGAUGUUGCAAAAUUUGGUUCUACAUUUUUCUUGAAAAAUCUACUUCGUGGUAAACGAAUGCCGUCGGAGAGAUGUGACAGUAGAGGAGCACGCAGUUUAAACGAGUCUUCCAUAUUAUAUGUGAAAAAAAAGAAGAAUUUUUUUCUUCAAAACUUUUCUCUUUAAUAACAUUGUGUAAUUUUUUUUUAUCUGCAAUUGUUGUUAUAAUAUUUGAUGAAGGAGGAAAGAGUGAUGAAGCUUUAAGUGAUGUCUGUGAUAGGGAAUCUUUGUUGUUGUACCUGAUGUUAUAUAAUUAUAUAUAUGAUUUUCUCAUACUUUUUUGAUGGAAAGAAAAAAAAAUAUUGUUUUUAUACUGUAUAAUUUAAAAAAAAUUUGAGAAAGUUCGUUUUUUCUUGUUACAUUUGUUGAGAAAACUCAUUCUAUGCUAAUAGUGUUUUAUUAUUAUUAUUAUAUAUAUAUAUGAUAUAUAAUUGUCUCUUGAGAUAUUGAAAUUUUCUCUUGAUUUAUUUCUCUAAAAAGAAGAAUAUGUUAUAAUAAAAUAUUAUCAAUUUUCAUUACAAAA